AUGGAUUUCGACUCCCUCUCGCGUCGAGAGCUGCAGGCGCUCUGCAAGAGCAAUGGCAUCCGCGCGAACAUGUCCAACGCGGCUAUGGCGGAAGCGCUUCGGUGCCUCCCCUCGGUGGACAGGACCGACGAGAUCGGGAGGACGGCGCCGCCGAUGUCGGCGAUGAAGGAGGUGACUAUCAUGGAGGAGCAGACGCACGGGUCUCUGCUCCCCCGCGGCAGCCGUGCGCGGGCCAAAACAAGGAUGGUCGCAGCGGGUAAUACGGAAGAGGAUGUGCCAGACCUAACCUUGCAGGGGUGCCAGAGGACUGCUGCACGGAAGGCCGCGGUGGCCCCGGAGGCAGCAGAGGCGAUCGGAGAGGAGCAGGAGCUCGGGUGUCCGCUCCCUCGCGGUGGCCGUGCACGUGGGAAGACAAGGAAGGCCGGGGCACGUAAGAUGGAGGAGGAGGUGGUGCCGGCCCCACACGCCUUGCCGGGGAACAAGAGGACGGUGGCAGAGGAGGCUGUGGAUGCGGAAGAGGUGGCCGUAGGAAUGAGGACGAGAAGGUCAGCGAGAUCCAAGGUGAAGAUCGCGUUGGAUCAGAAAAGAGGACCUGAUUCUUCCGGUGCGGCCAUUGCGUCUGCAGUAGUUUCAGAUAAGAGCUGCGGUGAUUCUGAAGAGCAUGCAGUAGUCAUUAUGGUGGAAGAAGAGGUCGCAAAGCCACAGGAAGGUCAAAACAUGACGAGGAGAGCAGCGCCAUAUAAGACACAUGAGGAUUUGCAGCAGGAUCAGAGGACGGCGGAAGAGGUGGCCACGACGAAGAAAAGGACGAGAAGGUCCACAAGAUCCAAGGUAGCAGCGGCAGCACGGAAGGGGCAGAAAGCUGAUUCUUCUGACACAACCAUAGGGCCUGAAGUUGACCCUAAAGCGGAUGAAGUUGUUCCCAAGGUGGAGGAGGCCGCAAAACCACAGGAAGGCAAGAAUGAGACAAGGAGGGCCACAGUGUAUAAGGCACGGGAGGAGGUGCAGCCAGGCCACGUGACAGUGGCACCAGAGGCUAUGGCAGCUGUGGAGGCAGAAGAAGUGGCCACGGCAAAGAGGAGGAGGUCAGCAAGAUCCAAGGUGAGGGUGGCAGCACGGAAGGGUCAGAAAGCUGAUUCUUCUGAUGCAGUCAACGAGCCUACAGUAAGUGAUGAUCCUAAGGAAGAGCAAGUGGGUGAGGUGGUGGAGGAAGGGCCAACAAAGCCCAAUGAAGAAAAACGAGAGCAAAUCAGUAAUGUUCGCCAGUUUGCUUCGCUGCCAAAACUGGAGGAUUCACGAAUCCUUGGCGUUGAGUCCAAGCCCAAUGCAGCAGAUGCUUCUGACAAGGCAGCAGUUGCAGAUGAGGAGGCUAUCAAGGAAGAUGAUUUCACUUUCACUGGUGAGGCUGAUCUGUCCAAUCUUCUUGUCAACACACUUGACAGAUUUGCAAAGCCUAUGUAUGUGUCCACAGACAAAGAGGAGAAGAAAGGCAGUGAGUGUUGGUGGAUGCUUCUAUAA